CCGCUGAACGGUAUGGUGUACAACACCACCUACUUUGGUGUUUUGGCCACUGUCUGGGAGUGUCCUCCAAUCAGCUGAAAACAGCCCAUCACCACCCCUCCAUCCUCUGGGACUGUCUGUCUGCCAUCAAUCUCAUUUAAGCCAAUCGGUGUGAACUGGGCGACCUCCCCAACCUUGGCACUUGGCAGUCCUCCUUGACCCAAUCAGCGUGAGGCACUAGCGCCGCCCUACACCUCUAUAGAUUCAGUUGGCCACCCGCAGUCCAUCAAUCCCCUUUAAGCCAAUUGUGUUACAGCUCUGUUAGUGUUCCACCAUCACCCAGGCCCCUGUGCUUAGGAUCCUUGGCAUUUUGUCCAAUCAGCAAGCAGCAGGACGCUUGGCUCCUCCCAUGAGAGCCCACGUGAGCUGUGGGGAAACGCAGGGGCGGCUUCUGGUUGCUGCUUCUGUCGCCGCCACCACCGCCGCCGCCUUGGAACCGGGGCCUGGGGGGCGGUGGGGCCUCGUAUGGAGCCCCCGCCCCCCGGAGCUGCCACUGCCACCGCCGCGCCACUCGCAGGUACCCCUGGAAUGGCGUGAGUGCUUCCCUAGUGAUGGACCCAUCUGUGACGCUGUGGCAGUUUCUGCUGCAGCUUCUGAGAGAACAAGGUAAUGGCCACAUCAUCUCCUGGACCUCACGGGAUGGUGGUGAGUUCAAGUUGGUGGAUGCAGAGGAGGUGGCCCGGCUAUGGGGACUGCGCAAGAACAAGACCAACAUGAAUUAUGACAAGCUUAGCCGGGCCUUGCGGUACUACUAUGAUAAGAAUAUCAUCCGCAAGGUGAGCGGCCAGAAGUUUGUCUACAAGUUUGUGUCCUACCCAGAGGUUGCAGGGUGCUCCACUGAAGACUGCCCACCCCAGCCUGAGGUGUCUGUAACCUCGGCCAUAGCCAUGGCCCCUGCUACUGUCCAUGCAGGCCCAGGGGACACUGCCACUGGAAAGCCAGGAACACCAAAGGGUGCAGGAAUGACAGGCCAAGGUGGCUUAGCACGAAGCAGCCGGAAUGAAUACAUGCGCUCGGGCCUCUAUUCUACCUUCACAAUACAGUCCCUGCAGCCACAGCCACAGCUACAGCCACCCAUUCAUCCUCGGCCUGCCUCAGUGCUUCCCAACACUACCCCUGCAGGAGUACCAGCACCCGCCUCAGGGAGCAGGAGCACCAGUCCAAACCCCUUAGAAGCCUGUUUGGAGGCAGAAGAGGCUGGUCUGCCCCUGCAGGUUAUCCUGACCCCCCCAGAGGCCCCAAACCAGAAAUCCGAAGAGUUGAGUCUGGACCCAAGUUUUGGCCAUCCACAGCCCCCAGAAGUCAAGGUGGAGGGGCCUAAGGAAGAAUUGGAAGCUGCAAGGGUUGGAGGCUUCAGUUCAGAAGCUGUCAAAGCUGAACCAGAAGUCUCACCCUCAGAAGGCCUGCUGGCUCGGCUCCCAGCCAUCCUAACAGAGAAUACAGCACAGGUGUGUGGCCUUUCCACUUCCACCACUGAGAUCACCCAACCCCAGAAGGGCCGGAAGCCUCGGGACCUGGAACUUCCACUUAGCCCAAGCCUGCUGAGUGGCCAGGGACCUGAACGGACUCCAGGAUCAGGAACAAGCUCUGGUCUUCAGGCACCGGGGCCAGCACUAACGCCAUCCCUGCUCCCCACACAUACCUUGACCCCGGUGCUGCUGACACCCAGCUCGCUGCCCCCCAGCAUCCAUUUCUGGAGCACUCUGAGUCCAAUUGCACCCCGUAGUCCAGCCAAGCUCUCCUUCCAGUUUCCGUCCAGUGGCAGCGCACAGGUGCACAUCCCUUCCAUCAGCGUGGAUGGCCUCUCGACCCCCGUGGUGCUCUCCCCAGGGCCCCAGAAGCCAUGACUACCACCACCACCCCUUUUUUGGAGUCCAUCCAUCUAUGCUCCUGAACUCUCCAGUUAGCCAUCUCAAGGAGAAACAUAGUUAAACUGACAGACUUAAGCUCUGGUUGUGGUGGGGUGGAUAUUCCUGGAAAAGCGAAUAUUUCACUAACUCCUCCACCCGAAACAGACAACUUCUUUCUUCUUUGCCAGCCUCCCAGUGGCUGCCCUUACACGUCUCCUACUUCAAUGGUGGAGCGGUUUAUUUAUUUAUUUUUUGAAGGCCACUGGGAAGAAUCUGGCCCAACCUUUUUAGGGGAGUAGGUAAGACAUCUCCCCCAUUUCCUCCCCAUUUUUUCCUAAAACAAGACAAUCAGGGUAUGGCUUGAGAAGAACCUUUAUUUAUUUAUUUCUCAGCCUGCCCUUGGGGAGUCGAGGGUGCCCUGUCUUCAUUUUGCGACAUGGGUUGAAGAGCUAGUUUGUUUUGUUUUAUUAUUACUGGCUCUAUCUGAGUCUAGGGAGCACUUGUACGAUUUAAUGGUUUGGGAGUGGUAGCCAGGGAAUCAACACUGUUAAAAUAGGAACUGCUACCUCCCCAACCUUCUCAGUCAGCUUGUUCUUUUCUCAAGUAACCUUUUGGCCAGGGAGGACUAUUCCUUUUGUUGUUCUUCCCCCCUGAGAAGCCAUUCCUGUGUCUGCCAAAUUUCCUGGGGCCCUGCCUAUUACCUCCCAAUGGAGGGUUUUUUGGGGUGGUGGUCCCCGUCUGGGGGGCCCCUCCAGCUAGUACUCCAGGUCUCUGUCUCCCACCCCCUUCCAUUUUGAUAGUAUAAUCUAUUUUUAAAUGGGGCUUUUCAAUAGGGGAGAGGGAAACAUCUCUUCCUAUAUUGGAUGGGUGGGUAGGCGGGUGGGUGGGAAGUAAGGGAUUUGGAGGCGGUCUUCCUGCCACCCCCAAGUGUUUAUUUUUGAUACCAAACGUGUAUUUUUGGCUCCCUCCCAGCCCCCCAAUUUCCUGCAGGCGGGUACAAAGGACCCUUUUAAGUGUCCCUGGAGUUGGGAGGGAGGAAUGGGGGACAUGGAGCCUGUCUUAUAUCAAUCUAGGCUGGAGGGGGUGGAUCAAAAGACUCCCAGGCUCACCUCCUGUCAGCACUGGCCCAGACCAGGCCUGAAGACCUGGGGGUUGGUGAUUUGGGGGACGGUGCUAUACUCGUCUCCACUAUUUGUUUUGCUUCCCCAAAAUGGACCUUUUUUUUUCUAAGAGUCCCAGAGAAUGGGGAAUUGUUCCUGUAAAUAUAUAUUUUUAAAGGUGUUGCUGAAA